GGGUUGACCAUAGCGCGCUCCGCGGCGACGCGCACGGAGGGGAGCUGGGAAGACGGAAGAGAGGACACUGAACUAACUUGAUAACUUCUAGCUGACUGGCUAGAAAUACAAUUAAUUGCUAUGUAACAGCAGUAGCGGUUACAUAUUUCUACACAGAUUUAGUUAGCUAACCAAACUCCCUCUGUGCACCCAGUCACCGCUGUCUCAACUCGCCACACGAUACGACCAACGGACUCCAGCAGUUUUCAAACAGACGUUGCACUUGCUCAACCGACCCAGAGCCAUCCACCGCCACAAAGUCACAUUUAUCCUCCGUCAAAGUGCUGUAUUCACCAGUACACUGAGCUAACGUUACACACCAUUAGCUGACUGGCUCGGAGGGACUCGGGCUUUCCUCCUUGUGGGAAAAGUUGUCCGUGGUGGUGUUGUAGGAGCCAACGAGGCCUGCAGUUGACGAGGCUGCAUGUGUGGAGAACGCGGCUGGCGAGGAGUGACUCAUACGGCGUUAGCUAAACAACCAGACAAACAUGUCGGCCCAGGCGCAGAUGCGAGCGAUGCUGGACCAGCUCAUGGGGACGGGGAGAGACGGAGACACCAUGCGGCAGAGAAUCAAAUUCACAGAUGAGCGAGUCUGCAAAAGUCACCUUUUGGAUUCAUGUCCUCAUGACAUACUCUCAGGCACUAGAAUGGACCUGGGAGAGUGCAUAAAAGUUCAUGACUUGGCCCUCAGAGCAGAUUAUGAGAUUGCCUCAAAGGAGCAAGAAUACUUCUUUGAACUUGAUGCUACUGAACACCUUCAGUCUUUCAUCGCUGACUGUGAUCGCAGAACCGAGCUGGCCAAAAAGAGACUUGCUGAGACACAGGAUGAGAUCAGCGCUGAAGUGGCUGCAAAGGCUGAACGUGUACACGAGCUGAACGAAGAGAUCGGGAAGCUGCUGGCCCGGGCAGAGCAGUUGGGGGGUGAGGGGAACGUAGAUGAGGCCCAGCAGCUGCUGGAAAAGGUGGAGAAGACUCGGGCCUUAAAGAAAGAAGCAGAGGACGUGUACAGGAACUCGAUGCCAGCGUCCAGCUUUCAGCAACAAAAACUACGAGUCUGUGAGGUGUGCUCAGCUUACUUGGGCCUCCAUGACAAUGAUCGCCGUCUGGCCGACCACUGGGGCAAACUGCACCUUGGUUUCAUUGAGAUCCGAGAGAAACUUGAAAAGCUAAGGAAAGCUGUUGCAGAGAAACAAGAAAGAAUGAGAAUGAGAAGACGAGAGGAACGUGAAAGAGAAGAUGAAAGAGAGCGACAAUGGGAGAUGGAACGAGAGCGAGAAAGAGAGCGGGAACGAGAGCGAGAAUGGGAGAGAGAACGAGAGAGGGAGCGAAGGAGGUCAAGAUCUAGAAGCGGAGACCGAUACAGGGAUGGAGGCAGCUCGUCUUCCCAUCGGUCAAGGCGUCACCGCUCAUCUCACUCGAGGGAAGAAGGUGGCGAUCGGGAUCGUGAGAGAGAGAGGAAACAUCGACACAAGGAGAGGCAUCGCUCACGCUCCCACUCUCACAGGCACAAAAGGAAGAGAUCUUCCAGAGACAGAUCAUCUCACACCCGUGAAAGAGAGCCCUCGCCGUCCCAAGAGAAGUGGAAAGAGGGUGCAGCAGAGGGCUUUCGUGAUGACAGAGCAGAAUAUGGAGACUGGGUGGACAGGGAAAGGUCCCCCUCCCCGGACAUGGCAAAGCCCAGGGAACGAGAGAGAUCCCUGUCAUACGAGCGGGACCGACGCUCAAGCUCUGAGGAGCGAGAGUCCGGAGAGAUAUGAACAGGGAGGGAUGCCUCCAAAGUCACUGAUUUGGAUAAUAUUGUCUAGUAAAAAGGAGCAUGGAGAGCUGAGAGUGUGCUGAUGAGAAUGUGUGUCGACUCCAUGUCUAUUCCUGUUCAAAGUGGGAUGUGUACAUUAGCUGAGGUGGUUGGUGGGGAUGAGGGAAUUACUUCAGAGGUGGAGGUCAAAGAAACAAACUGACUUUUAUAAGACUCCGUGAGGCUUGUCUGACCUGGAAGCAGUACAGUCAUCGUUUUUAUUUUUUCAGCCGUCUCCUCGAUCUUAUGUACAGUUAUUUUGACAGUGAUGAAGAAGGAGUUAAAGAUAGCAGCCCUACUUGAAGUCUGUUUUUACUUUACUCACUUAAAGUGCUGGUUUUUUUGUAUCAUUAGUUUGACCUUUAAUGUUAAUACCGGUUCCCCUGUUCCAUUAGUUUCAGUAGCCGUAAGUUCAUUUACACAGAUUGGUAUUUGUUAUUGGCCUCAUAGUAACACUUGAAAUGAGCUGUAAAUGACUUAAGGCACCUCUAAUGUUUGUGUUUUAUUUGCUGCCUUCAAGCCAUAAUAAUCUCAUUUGGGAAGUCCUGAUCCACAUUCAUUCAGAUGCAGUGAUCAGCUUGUACUUUAAAUCACUCAUCCCCUUAAAAAGAAUCAUCCAAAUAUUCCAUUCAGAUCCUGACACGCGAAAGUGUAAAGAUGACGUACAUAUUUACAAACUGAUACUUUGCUGUGAUACAAACUGGAGGAAUCUGGGUGAGUCUAUUUUGCUGUGCCACCAUAAAGUGAAUAAAAUUUUCUGCUUUCAUUCAAA